UAGUUUUGGAAUGAUUAUGUGGAUGUUAACAUCAGGUCAAUACCCUUUUUUUGAAAAUGAUUAUGAUUCUCUAUUGGCAUUAAGGAUAUGCAAAGGUGAAAGGCCUUCUAUUGUUGAAGGAACUCCUAAAUGUUAUAUGGAUUUAAUAAAAAGAUGUUGGGAUAAUAAUAUAUUAGAAAGACCUUCAGCUACUGAAUUAGAGAUGAUAUUUAGAAGAUGGUGUAUUGGUGAAUUCUAUGAUCAAUUUAUACAAGCUGAUAACAUUCAAACUUUUAUUCAAGAUAAAGAAGUAACUGGUAAAAUCAGUAAAAUCAGCCAAUUUAUUAAAUACAUCGAAAUAAGUUAGUACUACAUUUUGUUUAUAAUUUAUAUUUUCUUAAAAGAUUUAUUGAAUAUGAUAUUAUUAUUACAAUUAGACGAAGAAUUGGAUUUAUAAUUAAUCGAUU